CAUAACAUUGCACAUCAAAGGAAACAGGAAGAUUGGAAAAGGAAAGGAUACGAUGGGGCAAAAGAGGGGUGCUCUGGUAGUCUGGCUCCUACUCUUGUCAACACUACUAACCCAGGUGUUGGUCGAGGUCGAGGCAAACAGUUUUUACCCAAAAUCGACGGUGGUGAUAUCGAACCAAAUCGAAGGAGGGGCAAAGUUGUUGGUGCAUUGCAAGUCCGCGAAUGACGAUCUGGGUGUGCGCUGGUUGGACCCAGGCAAGAGUUUCGACUGGACCUUCUAUCCGCACUUCUUUACAUAUACUCUGUUUUUUUGCGCCUUUCGUUGGGAAGUCGGAGCCCAUCUUAAGUGGUUCGACAUCUACGAACAGCAGAGGGACGACGAAGUGUGCAAGUACUGCCAUUGGGCCAUCAGGAGAGACGGACCGUGCCUGGCCGUGCCGGGUUCCGAAAUGUGUUAUCACUACAGGGACAAACUUUAGUACCACAACGAGCUCUUAUAGGCACAAUGGCACACUAUAGGUGAUUGAGUUCAUUUUGGAUUGGACGCAAGUUUCUUUCGUUGGGUUUAUAGUUGGUAUGUGUGAAUAAUUAGUUUGGUUUAAUCUACGGUUUGAAAUCUUUGUUUUGUUGUUUUUAUUGGGAACCCAAGGUGGAAUAAAAUGAAAGUUUCUCUUCUUAUUUAUUAUUAUUUUGUAAUCUUAUUUAUUAAGACUAAUAUCAUUGCAAAACUUUGAAUUAUCAACUAAGUGUUACUUCUAUAGCACCAAAAGUUGAUAUGACCAUCUUAUCACCAAGUUUUGUUUUGUUAGCAUUGGUCAAUAAUGGUCAAUAAGUUGACAGCUGAUGUGUUAGCUAAUAUGAAUUAGAAGAGUGAGGUGGAAUUAUGAUUGACAUGUCAUUUAAAAUAAACAUAAAAAAUGUUCAUUGAAAAAAAAACUCCAAAAAUUGAUUUUCUCUUCCGUUCCUCCCUUGACCUUCACUCCACCGCCACUCCUACCUCCUUCAGCUAUUUCCAAAAUAUCUUGGAACCUGCUUAAGGUUAAGGGUAUAAGCUCUUUCACAUAGGCCAAUUUUCCUUUCAAUUUAGCUGACCUAAUUGUAAAUCGUUCUGUCCAACAAGCUCCGGAAACAAACAGAGACAGAGGCGUCCGAUUCAAAUAACUUAUCUAUUUCAAUAGAUAUACAUAAACAAAUAAAUGACUUUUAGAAGCCAAUAACCUCUGUCUCUAGAACUAGGUUUUCUUGUAGUGGGACGUAGCGUUAAUGACGUUUAGCCUGAUUUAUAUAGUAUAAAUAGGUUCAACAUCUAUUGAUGACAACUAUUUAUACAGAUUUUCCAAAACAAUCCAUAUGAAAUUAUUCUCUUAUGGGAGUCACGACAAAAAAAUCAACCUAUAGAAACAAAUAAUUAGAGACAAUUAUUGUAUUGAUCUCCAUAGUUAAAUUUUAGGGGCAUAAAUAUUAUUUGUCUCGAGAGGUGAAAUUGUCUAGCUCUAGAUGCAAAUUUCAUAUUUGUUAAAAAUAAUAUAUAAAUGUCACAUAUAGUAUGUCAUAUAGAGAGACAAAUCCAAUAGUAUUUAGAGUCAAGUACAAAUGUUGCACAUAAACAAAUUUAAGAGUCUUUA